AGGGGGCGUCGUGUCAAUUUUUUUUCUUUUUUUUUUUUGCUUUGCAUCUUCGCCGGGCGGGAUUUCCGCAAUAAUAUCAAGUAUGGCGAAAACAUACGACUAUUUGUUUAAAUUACUGCUAAUCGGGGACUCUGGUGUCGGGAAGACCUGUGUCCUCUUCAGAUUUUCAGAAGACGCCUUCAACUCAACGUUUAUCUCAACAAUAGGUAUUGAUUUCAAGAUUAGGACAAUAGAGCUUGAUGGCAAGAAGAUAAAGUUACAGAUAUGGGACACAGCUGGUCAGGAACGUUUCAGAACAAUCACAACAGCCUACUACAGAGGAGCAAUGGGGAUCAUGCUUGUCUAUGACAUCACAAAUGAGAAAUCAUUUGACAAUAUCAAGAACUGGAUAAGGAACAUAGAGGAACAUGCGUCAUCUGAUGUCGAGAAAAUGGUUCUUGGCAAUAAAUGCGACAUCAAUGACAAGAGGCAGGUUUCCAAAGAUAGGGGAGAGAAGCUUGCACUAGAGUAUGGGAUCAAGUUCAUGGAGACCAGUGCAAAGGCCAACAUCAAUGUGGAAAAUGCGUUUUUGACUCUUGCCAGAGACAUCAAAUCAAAGAUGGACACAAAAAUGGAAGGUAAUGCCCCUCAAGGCAGCAGUCAUGGAGUCAAGAUCUCCGAGCCACAGAAAAAGACCAGUUUCUUCCGCUGCAGCUUGCUCUGAGAACCGAAGCCUUCCAUGCUGGCUACACGCCGGCCGGACACAACUUGACUGUGCUUGCUCUCAGCACUUCCUCCUCUCUUUUUUUCUUUCUUUUUUCUUUUUUUUUCUUUUGCUUAUUCUACCCAGCCAUGGCCUCUCCCGGUCUGCAAAAACCACUAUUGUCUGUAAGCGGAGGACUUCCCCUCCACUCUUCCUUUUCUGAAGGCUUCCAGAGGUGCGUCGCUUCCAUUAUUAGAGGAAAACUUGUCUUUACUUUUCAAGAGUUUUUAACUGUCAAAGGACUCAUCACUGAUGUGUUUUCUGUUACAAAAUUGGGGGCUUCUUGUAUUUCUCUCAGUCAGUAGCACAGUCAGUGACAGAAGAUACUUGCCUCAUUAUAAUAUUUUUGAGUUGGAAAUCAAAUGUGGUAUUUUGGUCUACUUUUAAUGGCACUCUUUAGGUGUUUGUGUUACAUGGUGCCGAGCAGAGACUGAUGGUUCUGAACUUCAGUGAAACAGAGUUGCACUUUUUUUAUAUCAGCAGCUGAAGUCAUAUCAAGACAUAUAAAGUCCAUUCAAAAUUAUUCAGAAAGUUUUUUUUAUUUGUUGUUUGUUGUUCUUGACAAUCAUCCGAUGAGACUGAAAAUGUCCUGAUCACUGCCUCCAAACUAUUUUUGCAGUAGCAUUCAAGUGUAGGUAAAAUAUAAUCCUUUGUUUUCUUAGUCCUGCUGUCCAAAUUUAGCUGAAAAGAAAAAAGAGGUGGCAUAUUUUUGUAAAAGGGUCUUUAAAGUGGCAACUUGUAUUAGUGGUAGAGAUGGACUAUGAGGCUUUUCCUGGUUAAAAGGACCUUUUCUUUAUGCUAAUUUAAAAAGGUGAAAUGGCUCCUUGAUAGAUGUUGCAGUUUUAAUUCUAACAGAAAAUGAAGGAAUUGCGAGAUUAUCCCCAUCAAAGCAUAAGCCACAAACCCUCUGUUGAGUUUUGUUAAACUGAAAAUGAAUUGUAUUGAAGCAUAUGCUAUUGGUUGAUGCAUUUAUACACGGAAAACAGUGAGAUUUCACAUUUUAUAACACAUUUAAUCAAUAAAAAAAAUACAAUUUUUAGUUAUUUGACUAAUGAAAGAAAUAUUGGCUUAUUCCAAGUCUUGUCAGAUUGUUUGUUGUGUUUAUAUAUUGUUACAUGUUUGGAAAUAACCGAAGAGGCCAAGAGUAUUAAACUAUUACAUGAUAAAUAAACAUUCAGUUUUUCAGA